AUGUCCAUCAACGAAUCCGACUUGCGCACUAUCCAGUUGCGUUAUAAGCUUUCUCCCGCCACCAUGAAGGUUUUGGGCAGCUUGCCCACAGGCCCAAGUCGACAACAAGUGCUGCACAAAUCUUGUCUCGCGAGCGAGUUUCGGUCCUUCCCGCUCAAACUAGCCGAAAAGGAUUUCUUCCGCGAAAUCAACGAUCAUACCGCUAUCCCAUACACGGUCAAGGAAGCGAUAACUCAGCCGUGGCACAAGAUCUACUUGCUGGUGCAAGCGGACCUCUUGCGAACACCGUGGCCAAACAAAAUAUCCGUGAACGCUAGGAAGGAGCUUUAUCAAGAGCGGAAAAGGAUUUACGGACUGUUGGACCGGGUACUGCGGUGUCUGGCUGACGCAGUCGCGUUGCGCGGCGAUGGCAAGGGCGUCAACGUUUGCCUAGACGUUCUACGAAGCGUGAAUUCUGGGGUUUGGGAAGGGGAGGGCAAGGAGCUGCUGCUGGUGGAAGGCAUCGGCCAGGCAAAGGCGGAGAGACUGCGGAAGGCCGGGAUUACGACGAUAAAGCAGCUGGGCCAGCUCGACUUUUGCCACAUUGAGAGGCUGCUGAGCCGCAACCCCCCGUUUGGACACCGCAUGCUCGAGCAGCUUGCUGGAUUCCCGAGGCUGGCGUGCCAGUUCCAGGUCUUUGAGAGCCCGACCUUGUUACCAGGCCCUGGGGCUCGGACAAGCGCCGAGGCCUGCGGCGGCAAGAAGCUCUGGGUUUGUCGGGUGGUUUUGAGCUACGACAACGAGCAGCUCCCGCACUGGAAAAAGGGAAACCCUUGGGUGACUCUGGUCAUACAGGGGGGUGACGGCAGGCUUUUGUGGUUCUGGCGCGGCCACGUGAAGAAGCUCAGCGGAGCAAAGGAUCUGGUGGUGGGCAUGGAGUGCAGGAGCAAGGAAAGGAUUGACAUGCGGGUGGCUUGCGAGGACAUUGUGGGGACGGCUGUUGACACGUCCCAUCAGAUGUCUUGA